AUGAAUGCUAAGCUAACCAAGGAAGUAAUGGAGGAUGAAAUCCGUGAGGCUUUGUUCUCUAUGAACCCAGAAAAAGCUCCUGGACAAGAUGGAAUGUCACCUUUGUUUUUUCAGAAAUUUUGGAAUUUCAUUAAAAGUGACAUCAUUCCAGCUAUUAAAGCUUUUUUUCACUCAGGUCACAUGCUCAAAUCAGUUAACCAUACGGUGAUAUCCCUUAUCCCCAAAAUUCUGCACCCAACCAAUCUGAAAAAUUUCAGGCCUAUCAGUCUAUGUAGUGUGCUCUAUAAAAUCAUAUCAAAAAUCUUGGCUAAUAGACUGAAGUCUGUUCUGGAUCUGUGCAUUAGCAAAACUCAAUCUGCCUUCAUACCUGAAAGACAGAUUUUAGAUAAUGUGAUCAUAGCUCAUGAGUACAUGCAUUUUCUUAAAAAUAAAAGACAAGGGAAAGAGGGCUACAUGGCUAUCAAACUGGACAUGGCAAAGGCUUAUGAUAGGGUGGAGUGGCAAUGCUUGAUGGAUAUGAUGGAAAAGAUGGGCUUCUGCUCUAAAUGGAUAAACUGGAUCCAUAGUUGUUUGAAGACAGUGAGCUACUCCUUCAACUGUAACGGAGAGAUCAAAGGCUUUGUGACACCAGAAAGAGGGAUAAGACAGGGAGAUCCCUUGUCUCCAUAUCUGUUUCUUAUCUGCUCAGAGGGCUUCUCAAACUUGCUAAAAAGGGCGGAGGAAAGUAAAAGAAUCCAGGGGCUCAAAAUCAGCAGAAAUGGCCCAGUGUUAACACAUUUGUUUUUUGCGGAUGAUUCUAUCAUUUUUUGCAAGGCUAACAAGAAUGAGGCCGUGGAAAUCAUGAAGGUGUUGAAAACAUAUGAAAAGGCCUCGGGGCAAUUAGUCAACCUAGACAAAUCAGCAGUUUUCUUUAGCAAAAAUAUGGAUGAUGAGCUGAAGAAGGAGGUAUGCCUGACUUUAGGAGGAAUGGUAGAGGCUAAACAAGGCAAAUACCUGGGGCUUCCAAUGGUAGUUUCAAGGUCUAAAGAGCAGAUCUUUGGUUUUGUGAGGGACAAUAUAAGGAAAAGAUGCCAGAAUUGGAAGAACAAACUUCUGAGUCCAGCAGGUAAGGAAGUGCUUCUGAAAGCUGUGGUAAUGGCAAUGCCUACAUACGUGAUGUCUAGUUUCAAGUUGUCCAGAAGGCUGUGCAAAGAUAUCUGUGCUUUGAUGGCCAAUUUUUGGUGGGGUGAAGCUAAUGGCAAGAACAAAAUGCACUGGUUGUCUUGGGAAAGAUUGGCAAGGGCUAAAAGUGCAGGAGGAUUAGGAUUUAAGGAUGUUGAAGCUUUCAAUCAAGCGCUGUUAGGAAAACAAGUUUGGAGGAUACUUACUAAACCAAAUCUGUUGGUUAGUAAGGUGUUGAAAUCCAGAUAUUCUCCACAGGAACCCAUUCUGCAGUGCAAUCUCGCCAAAAAUGCAUCAUGGAUUUGGCAAGGACUUAUGGGGGCUAGAAGUUUAAUCACUGCUGGUAUGAUCAGAAGGAUAGGAAAUGGAAGGAGUACAAAUAUUUGGAGACACAAGUGGAUCCCAGACUCUGAGACAGGGAAGCCAACUACUAGUCGAGGAAUUCAUUGUGAGCUGGAAAAGGUGGAGGAGCUUAUCAGUCAGCAUAGGUGGAACAGAAAUAUUAUAUUCAGAUACUUCAAUAGAAGUGAUGCUCAGAAAAUCUUAGCUAUUCCUCUAAGCCUGGCUGACAGGGAGGAUAGCUUUUACUGGCAACCAAAGGAGGGAGGGAUGUACACUGUCAAUUCUGGGUAUAAGUUUCUGAUGAAGCAACACAGAAAGAGGGAUAGGUGCAAUCAGGGAGAAGCUAGCUCUAGCUAUAUAGUAAGUGAUUCGCAUUUAGCUCAGAUGUGGAAUACACUUUGGAGAUUAAACAUCAAACACAAAAUCAAGUUUUUCGUUUGGAAAUGUAUUCAAGGUGCUCUGCCUGUGAAAGCAGCAGUGUAUAGAAGAACGGGGGUGGGGGAUCCGAUAUGUAAGAUGUGUGGAACAGCACAGGAAACAGUUGAACAUCUUCUGCUGAAUUGCCCCCACACGGAAAACAUAUGGAAGGCCUCUCCCAUUCAAUGGGACGGAGCAAAGGAGCAGCAGGGAGAUUUCAAAAGGUGGUGGCUAAGAAUCUCAGAAGCAAGGCACAGGACAGAAGGGAUGGAUCACAUUGGUUUAACUGCGAAUAUCCUGUGGCAGGUGUGGAAAGAUAGAAACAAAAGAGAAUUCGAGAACACUACCGCUGAUACUCCCUUCAAAGCUAUAAGGAAAGCGCAUUCUGGUUGGUUAGAGCAGCAGCAGUUGGAGUACAAGGGGGAAGGAGAGAGCACAGAAGAAACAGCCCCUAGACAAGAAACUCAGGAUCAGAGUUAUGUAAAUGAAGGAGAAGUGCUAAUGGAGGUGGCUACAACCAUGAAACAAGGGCAGCUAUUCAUGGGAAUUGGAGUCAAAGUUAAAGUUUUUGCAAGUGAUACGACGAUAGGGUGGGCAAUGAAAGACAUCAGUUCUGGAAACAAACUCCUAGAUGAAGCUUUGGCGCUGAAACUAGUGCUGUGUAAAGCUGUGCAGCGCAAGUGGAGCAAUAUUAAGCUGAGUUUUGGUAACAAAGAACUGUGGAGACAACUGAAACACCAGAGCCCAGCGAACAGCAGAUUGGCAACAGUACUUGAAGACAUAUCUCAGCUACAGAGAUUGUUUCGCAUGUGCUCUUUUGGAUUGAAUAGGGAAGAAGAUAUGAUAGUUAGCAAAAAAAUGAGUGUUGAUGCUUUAAGCAUUAUUGUGGAUGAGGAGCGACAGCUUCCUCAGUGUCUUUGA